AUGAACCCUAUGCGGUUCGGCAACAAUAUGCCUGCUACUGUGGCCGGAGAAGCUGAUAUCAUUCCGACUGCCAUUGUGAUUAAAAACAUUCCUUUCAACAUCAAGCGUGAACAACUGUUGCAUAUCAUUCGUGAUUUGGGUAUCCCUGUUCCCUAUGCAUUUAACUACCAUUUUGACCAAGGUAUUUUCCGUGGCCUAGCCUUUGCAAAUUUCCAUUCACCUGCGGAGGCGAAUGAAGUGGUUUCGGCACUAAAUGGUCUUGAUGUGAGUGGUCGUAAGCUUCGCGUGGAGUACAAGAAAGUGCUUCAAGCGGGCGAGAAGGAACGUAUUGAAAAAGAAAAAGCGUUGAAGAGGAUGCAAUUCCCACACUCGAAUGACAAGGAGCGGAAGAAGGACAAGGUGUCGACCGCAGAGUCUGGUGCCAUUCCAGGACUAAAUGUAGUUCCGACGCCCAUUCGUGCUAACUCGCCUAAUUUUGCGGCGCAUGAUAAGGAUGGACCGCACCGGUUGUCGCCGGAUGGUGUCUCGCCAAUCUUCUUUAUGCGUCACAGUCCGAGUGAUGCACAGGAAUCUUCCCUGGACUUGAAUGAUGCAUCCACACUUGAAAUCUAUUCGCGUGUUCUCCUAUUUAAAGAUGACCGAAUGCGUGAUGACCUUUCGUUUUCAAAGUGCCUGACCCCAGCAGAACGGCGUGUGGUGCAUCUGGUUGCUCAGAAGCUGGGCCUGUAUCACUACACAGUGGGGUCAGGGGAUGACCGACAUGUGAUUGUGACCAAGGCGGAGCUGCCAUCACGUCAUGGCGCGUCCACGCCCACGUCGGCCGAUGUGCGCGAAUCCACGAGUACGCGAUCGGAGCUACUGGCGAAGAAGAGUGUGCCUGAUAUGAGGCGCGCAGCUUACAAUGAUAUGAAGCGCUCAAGCAGUCCGAACACCAUGAACAGCAAGCUGUUGAUGCCGCAUACCGGUGGCAAUGCACUGUUCACCAGCAAGUCGAACAGCAGUCUCCAUGAGGGCUACAUUUAUGGUCAUGAUCACCGCUUCGAUGGAUUUGGAAACUUUGGCAGUAAUGGCACGUCUUCUCACAAUCUCUUUGCGUAUCCUGUUGACGCUCCUACGGUCCCCUAUUUGUCACACGCCAGUAGCGUGGACUUGGAUCGGUUUGACUACGCAAGUAUGCAAGGGCCCAAGGGACCUUCGAUCUAUCGUUCGCGGUCCCCGUUGAGCAGCGGACACUCCCCGCUGGGGCAGACAACUGGCCCCCUGGACCAUGCGAUGCCCACGCCGUUCGGUCCCUUGCCGGGCAGCAUCCACCUGCCGCAUCGGCCUGAUACGCUGCGUGAUCAGGAUGUGGAUCUUUCCCAGUUUUCUUCCAGCGGGUCAAUGGUGCCCUCCAAUCUAGACACGAAGGGUACCAUGGACGACGUGGCCGUUCCUAUGACUGUGCAUUCCAAGAGCAAUGAUACGAAAUCGCCCCAUUUGAUCCACCCAAAAUUACCACAGGCACCAUGA